CGGGGUCCAGAACCCAAAUUAAACACCUCCAUUGACUAUGUCUCGUCCAUCGGGCUUUUUGCAGCUGAGAGUGUGAAGCUUGCUAGGCAGCUGCAAAAGCUUUUGAGGCCGACGAUCCAGGGCCCUAAGCCGUCGGACACAGAAACUGCAACAGCUCGCAGGCUCCGAAACAACCUGCGAUUCAAACUUGGGUUAGCUCUUGUUAACAGCAAUAUGGAGGCAAUUGUCUUGCGCGAUGAACAGGAUCAGCGGCCCUACUGCCAACAACUUAAAGCAAUCCUUUGGACAAUAAAGUAUAGCUAUAGUGACUUGAUUCAAGUUAUUGGAGAGCAGGUAGACUGGAUACUACUACACCCGAUAAAAGUCGACCAUCCAGAUCGAUCUAGUCGUCUAAACAACCUCGGAAGCCAAUUUGGAAGGCGGUUUGAGCAGACUGGAGAGAUAGUUGACCUUAACCGGGCCGUUGAGGUUGCCGACCAGGCUGUCGAAUCUACCCCUCUCGACCAUCCAGACCGAGCCGUUUGUCUAAAUAACCUUGGAAAUUUGCUUGAAACGCGGUUUGAGUGGACAAAAGUGAGAAAAGACCGUAACUCAGCGCUUAAUUUAUUCAAGAAAGGAUGGGAAUGCCGCACUGCUCCACCAUUAGUUCGCAUUAUCCUGGCUCGUUUUGCUGGUUUAACUUCUACAGCCGCCGCUAUUACCCUCGAGGCAGGGAAAGAUUCAUACAAAGCCUUAGAACUCCUCGAGCUCGGUCGUGGGGUUAUUGCCGGUCUCCUUUUAGAGCUACGCACAGACAUCUCUAAUCUAAAGCUACGGCGUCCUGCCUUAGCAGAUGAAUUUGACAAUACAUCUUGGGAGUUACGGGCGACACAACGGCAUCAAGCGAACGAGAGAUUUGAAAAGCUUAUCGGAGAGGUCCGCAUCCAACCUGGAUUCGAAAGAUUUCUUCUUCCGCCAACUACGGAUGAGUUAACUGCCGCUGCGCAUCAAGGGCCGACCGCUUACGUAAACGUAAGCCCAUAUCGUUGCGAUGCAUUCCUUGUUGAGCCAGAUCAAAUUAGGGCUUUACCUUUGCCUGACCUUAGCCAGCGGGUUCUUAAGGAGCAGCUGCAAGAAUUGCGACCAGACCGAGGCUCACCCAGGUCAACUACCCAAAUGGAGUCAGUACUCGAGUGGCUUUGGGACGCUGUUGCACUUCCUAUCCUCGAAGCACUAGGCUUUCAGAGCUUUAUCCAGGACGAUAAUUGGCCCCGUAUCUGGUGGAUCCCUAUGGGGCAUCUAAGCCUCUUUCCGCUUCAUGUAGCAGGUCGUCAUGUGGAAAAGUCUACUGAAACAGUCCUUGACAGGGUCAUGUCAUCAUACAGUCCCUCAAUCAAAGCACCGCUUUAUGGAAACCAGCACAGUAAGAAAAACGUAAGGCAUAUAGGGAAAGAGAAUGCCCUCUUAGUCUCGAUUCAAGACACGCCCGGCAACUCGAGCCUUUCUUUCGCCGCACAGGAAGUGGCUAAGAUAAAAGAGCUCUGCCCGUCAAUGCAGCUAAAUCCAGUUGAGCUACUACAGAAGAGCCGGAAGGAGAUCAUAAGAUGCCUCCGUACGUCGAAGAUCUUCCAUUUCGCUAGCCACGUAUACUCAGACCCUGUCGAGCCUUCGCAAAGCAGCUUGCUCCUUAGCGACUGGCAGGAAAGUCCUUUAACUAUAGUAGAUCUCCGAGACCAGAGGCUGCAAGAGAACUCGCCGUUCCUAGGAUACCUUUCCGCCUGCUCAACUGGCACGAAUAAUGCAGAGCAACUGGCUGAUGAAGCGAUCCAU